UUGCAUCGGAGAGGUUCUUCAGUAAGCCGUGGUACAGUCUCCGUGAACAACCUCGCAAUAAUGCACGCGUACGAGAACACUCAGACGCCUUAUUCCAUGUAUAGGCAGAAUUCCACCCUGACAGCCUCUAGCCCACAGCAGAACUACUCUUACAAAAGCCAAGCAGAUUACCCAGUGGCAGUGAGGUUCGACUCUCACCCUCUACACAGUCUUUCUUAUAACCCUGGCGCGCUCUCAUUCUACCCGUGCGCAACGAGCCAUCGCUACGUCCAUGACAUGAACUGUGGCUACACUGGAUCCUUACAUAACGGUUUUGUUGCUUGCCGAAGACCUAAAAGAAUACGUACAGCCUUUACCCCUACACAACUUCUACAUCUCGAGAAUGCCUUUGAAAAAAAUCACUACAUCGUUGGCACUGAACGAAAGCAGCUCGCAUCGUACCUCAACCUGUCUGAAACACAGAUCAAAGUGUGGUUUCAGAACCGAAGAACAAAGUGGAAAAGGCAACAAGCAGAGGAAAAAGCUACACAGCAAGCAGCGAACAACUCGACAUCAGUGAAAUCAAGCGAGAGCCACUCUUCUCAACAAGAACAUCAAAAUGAGCUGAGCCGUGAAAACUCCCCCUCCAGGGUCAUGGCGUGCGAGAGAAGCUAAACGAAAUAAAAAGACUUCCAGCGAUUUUUAUACAAAGACAAUUUAAAUGUACUUCAACGGAGAAAAUGAACUCUCGUGUAAAUUUUAUAUAGCCAAGAAUUUGAUAUGAAUUUAUGCACGUUCGUAUAUAGCCUUAAAUAGUAAGUGAAUAGCUUGGAAAGAGAAACUGUUUAAAGGACAAAAACUAGUUAUAUGAAUAGCAAUUCAACUCAUACUGGUUUCAAUUUCACACUCUUAUAAAAUAAUGAAACACUGGAAUUCUUGAAUUUAAAAAAUAAUUUAAGAUUAUAAAAUAGAAAAAAACACACUUUUACAAUAGGAAAUAAAGGAACGUCAGUGUUAAAAUAUUGAUUUUCUUUUUUCGCCUCAAUCAGUAAUAGCGCAUAAACUAUAGUAUCAAAAACGAAAUUUCAGCGUCUAGCUAUGUAUCAUAUGAGUCUUACAUAUUUGUGGUAAUAAAAUCAACUUCAUCAA